AUUAGGAAACAAUCAAAACCCUCGUUCUUCCUUCCUUUUCUUUUCCUUUCCUGUUCUUUGUAAGUUCUGCACUGACAAGAAAAGAAAAAAAAAAAAAAAGGAAACAGGAGAAGAAAGCAGAAGAGGAAACUGAACAAAACAGAAAUGUCUUGGUUGGUGUUUACAAUGUUGUUUUGUAUAGUGGGGAGGAGUGAGGGUUUGGUACAGACACCAAAAAAUCACACCAUGGCAGCACUGAUAGUUUUUGGAGACUCCAUAGUUGAUGCGGGCAACAAUAAUUUUCUCAAGACGGUGGUCAAGUGCAAUUUUCCACCUUACGGUCAGGACUUCGCCGGAGGGAUUCCCACCGGAAGAUUUUGUGACGGAAAAAUUCCCUCCGACAUUCUAGCGGAACAACUGGGAAUAAAAGGAGUAGUACCAGCUUAUUUGGAUCCAAAUUUAAGACCUGAAGAUCUUCUCACCGGUGUAACGUUUGCAUCUGGUGGCACGGGAUACGAUCCUCUAACACCCAGUAUAGUAUCGGUGAUAUCAUUACCGCAACAGUUAGAAUACUUCAAAGAAUAUAAAAGGAAGCUAGCAAUGGUAGUUGGAGAAGAAAGAGCAAAUUCCAUCGUCACCAACAGCUUAUAUCUACUGGUAGCAGGAAGCAAUGACAUCUCAAAUACCUAUUUUAUUCUACAAGGCAGGAAAUUGCAGUAUGACAUUUCCUCUUACACCGACCUCAUGCUUAACUUUGCCUCCGAAUUUGUCAACGAGCUAUAUCAACUUGGGGCACGAAGAAUUGGGGUCUUCAGUGCACCCCCAAUAGGAUGCGUACCGUCACAAAGAACUUUAGCAGGAGGCUUUGCAAGAGUUUGUGCAGAACCAUACAACCAAGCAGCAUUAUUAUUCAACUCCAAACUCUCUGAUAAAUUGGAUACUCUUACAACUACUUUACUUGAUAGUAGAAUCGUCUACAUCGAUAUUUACUCUCCCUUGCUCGAUCUCAUUCAGUACCCACAAAAAUAUGGAUUCAGUGAAGCGAACAGAGGAUGUUGUGGCACAGGAAAGAUAGAGGUGGCUAUAUUAUGCAAUCCUUUAAGUCCUUCAGUUUGUAGAGAUAGUUCUGAUUAUGUGUUCUGGGAUAGUUACCAUCCAACUGAAAGAGCAUACAGAGUUAUAAUCUCCCAACUCAUACCCAAAUAUAUUCACAGAUUUCUCCUUGUAAUCUUGAGUUUCUUAGGAAGUGAGAUAAUAUGGAAGACGAAGGGGGUGAUACAAAUACCAAAAAAUGUAACAUUCCCAGCACUAUUGGUGUUUGGGGAUUCAAUAGUGGAUACAGGUAAUAACAAUUAUCUUAACACUUUGGUGAAAUGCAAUUUCCCACCGUAUGGCAAGGAUUUUCGAGGAGGAGUUCCUACUGGAAGAUUCAACGACGGGAAGGUUCCGUCGGACUUAAUAGCGGAAGAACUUGGAAUAAAAGAACUGGUGCCGGCAUAUUUGGAUCCAAAAUUAAAACCUGAAGAUCUUCUCACUGGUGUAACUUUCGCUUCAGGUGGCACGGGAUACGACAAUUUAACAGCCACAAUAGCAAAUGUGCUAUCAUUAUCAAAGCAAUUAGAAUACUUCAAGGAAUACAAGCAUAAGCUGAGAGCAAUAGUUGGAAAAGAGAGAGCAGAGUUCAUUGUGAGAAACAGCGUGUACAUACUGUCAUCAGGAAGCAAUGACAUCGCAAGCACUUACUUCUUGUUACCGCUUAGAAGAUUGCACUAUGAUGUUCCUACGUACACUGAUCUUAUGCUAAACUCUGCAUCAUCUUUCCUGAAUGAGUUAUAUCUACUUGGAGCAAGAAGAAUUGGAGUAUUUAGUGCACCCCCUAUAGGAUGUGUACCAUCGCAAAGAACUUUUGCCGGAGGACAUAGAAGACUUUGUUCAAAGAAAAGCAAUGAUGCAGCAUUACUAUUCAACUCCAAACUCUCAGCGAAAUUGAAUUCGCUUUCGACAACCUUACGCGAUAGCAAGAUCAUCUACAUUGAUGUAUAUUCUCCUCUGCUUGAUAUUAUUCAACAUCCAAAAAAAUAUGGCUUUCAAGAGGCGAACAGAGGAUGUUGCGGUACAGGAACCGUAGAGGUGGCUGUUUUCUGCAAUCGUGUUAGUUUAUCACUUUGUCAAAAUAGGUCCAACUACGUAUUUUUUGAUACUUAUCAUCCCUCUGAAAGAACCUACAGAGUUAUAGUCUCCGAACUUAUCUCCAAGUACAUCCCCAAAUUCUUCUGA